GCGAGCCAUUGGGUGGAGCAGCAGCGUCGCGUGCUGCGGAAUACAUUCAGUAGGUCGUUAACGCAGCGCGCGGCUCAGUUGCAGAUGCAGGUCGUUGAGUGUGAGCGCGAGGAGGGGGGAAAUGGCGAACGGGCGCGGGCGGCGGUGCGCCUUGUGAGGAUACAGUAGACACCCGGAGCGGUGGCAGGCGGCAGCUCGAGGACAGACGGGAGGAGGAGAGGAACCAUGGAGGACUCGGAGCCCGCAGAGGACGGCUUGCUCGCGGGCUUGCGGUGGAACCGGAGCGCACGGGACCAGGCUCAGCUCAAACACAAAAUCCGGGAUCUGCCGGGGCUACUCAAGCACGGGCUGCACCUGCGGAAGAAGAGCCAAUCACCUGACACAAUCCCCGGACCGAGCACUGGGCCUACAGUACACAAGUCUUGUUCCCAGAGUUUCCCAUGUGCUGGUCGGGCUGUGAGGAAUGCCUUCCUCUCUCAUGGACCAUAUCCAGCUAAAGACAAGAUACACCUGGCCAGAAUCAUACGGCGUAGCUACGUGGGCGUGGAGCUGGUGCAGUGGCUGUGUGAGCAGUGUGUGUACGUGCGCUGUCGGACUACUGCUGUGCGUGUCUGGCAGGUGCUGCUGGAGCUGGGAGUCCUGCUGUCUGUGGACCAGCGGGUGGUGUUUUCGGACUCGAACUCUUACUACCAGUUCAGCUUUGAGGAGUGUGACUCCACCUCCUGUGACUUUCGCUCCAAUGAGGGGGAGUGGCCAGAGGCUGUUAGGCUCCUCCUCCAACUCGCCCCGUAUGUCCAGUUUCGCUCUGGAGGCGGGGCCAACAGCCCGUCAGAGGAGGACUCUGAAGGCAACAGGGACAUCUGCAGUGAGAUUCUCCAGAUGAAAGCUCUUGAGAGGCUCACUUCUACGGUACAAAGCGAGUUAGCGGCUGCUCUCGCCCGGAAGACUCGCAAAGCUUUAUCAGAGCAGGACUCUGAAACGACAGAGACGAGCCAACAGGAGCCUCGCACGCCUAGCGAGGAGAGCAGCCCGCUGGGCGGGGUGUGUGCACUGCGGGAUGGCAGUGGAAGUGGCGGCAGUGGCGGAGGAAUGGGGACCGUGUGCGGCCGUGAGGAGCUGACCAGCCGGCUGGGGCUGGAAGCCGUUCAGAGGCUGGCCAAGGACGGCUGUCGGCUGCUGCAGAACCACAACUACCGGCUGCCUGACAGGAACCAGGCGGAGGCAGUGGGGAGGGUUUGUCUGAAGGAGAGAGGACGGGACGUAUUGGUGUUGCGGAGAGUGACAUCAUCAGUGACGUCGCCAUCAGACCGGCCCUCACCCACGUCGUCAGGGGGCGGGUCCAGAGAGGAGGAUUGCGACAAGAGGUAUGUGGUGGUGUCGGGGACACCGCUGAAGAUCUUGGAGCAUCUGCUAAGUGACCUGCGGCUGGACGACCAAAGAGGGGCACCUGAGAGCAGGGAGAGUGAAAUGCUGCUGGAUGACUUCUUGUUGACCUAUCUGGUGUUCAUGUCCACUAACGACCUCUGUCAGGCUCUGCUGGGACACUAUAGCAGCGCCCGCUGCAGGGGCCAGGAGGAGGGCAAAGACGCUCUCUUCAGGAAGCGUAAGGUACUGCAGCUGGUCGCCCACUGGAGCAGGCUCUACAAGGACUUCCUGAAGGAAGAGGAGCACGUCAGGAGCUUUAUGAAGACCCUGUACAGGCAUGUUUUAGAGGAUCUGUAUGAGUUCCCCACGCUGGAGAAAGACCUGAAGGAGUUCCAGAAACUUCUGCGCCGUAGACACACGGUCGAUGACUGCCCUCCAAACCAAAAGAGUAAACAAAUGUAUCAGCAGCUGAGUUUGAAGGAAAACUGUUUGCCACUCCGAAGUCCACCGCCUGAUACUAGAGAGGUGAUUUGUUGCGUGUACGUGAGUGCUGACUCCUACCUGAGUGUCCACACACACCCCUCACUGGAGGCCCAUGAGCUGCUAAGGAUUGUGAGUCUGAAGAUGGACAGAGCAGAGGAGGACAUGGUUCUUGCUGUGGCGUCGCACAGUGGAGAGCGGAGGGUGUUACAGCCCAGUGACUGUGUGUACUCAGAGUCUAUGACCCCACAGGGAAAGCUUGUGGCCUGUCGCAGGGAUCUCACAGAGAUUCUGCCUCCUUUAACGGACAGCGCUGAGCUAAGCAGGAGACCGGUGCGACUCUUAGGUAUUAACACCUGGGACGUGGCAGCUGCUCUGACACACCUGGACUGGAGCCUUUUCAAAUCCAUCCACGAGCAAGAGCUGGUGUACUACACCCUUAGCCGUGCUCCUGGCACCGGCCACACGGUGGCGCUCUCAGUCCUGCUUCAGCGCUGUAACGAGGUCCAGCAGUGGGUCAUGUCCGAGGUGCUCAUGUGUGUAUCGCUCAACAAGAGAGUGCAGCUGCUAAAAAAGUUCAUCAAGAUCGCAGCUCAUUGUAAAGCCCAAAGAAAUUUGAACUCUGCAUUUGCCAUCAUCAUGGGUCUCAACACAGCAGCUGUCAGCCGACUCAACCAAACCUGGGAGAAAUGUCCAGGGAAGUUCAAGAAACUUUUCUCAGAGUUGGAGCUCAUAACGGAUCCAUCUCUGAACCACAAAGCCUAUAGGGAAGCCUUCAAGAAGAUGAAGCCUCCCAAGAUCCCUUUCAUGCCUCUUCUCUUGAAAGAUAUCACCUUUAUCCACGAAGGAAAUAAAACCUUCCACGACAACCUGGUCAACUUUGAGAAGCUGCAUAUGAUCGCAGACACAGUGAGGAUGAUUCGCCACUGCCAGAGCGACCAGCCAGGCAACGAGGUAAUCGGGGUCGACAGUGCGGAGUUGAGGGCGAGUGUUCAAUACCUGCACAUUAUCGACAAUCAACAGACGCUUUUUGAACUGUCACACAAGCUGGAGCCACGUGCUUAAAGACGCACACACACACACACACACACACACAUACCCUCAUAGACACACAUACACAAACACACUGGACACCGCGCAGUGGAAAUGCGAGCACCGAGUAUGUGUGACGCUUUGCACAGCAGAAUGCCACACACUCACACAUACACCGCAACAAAAUCACACCACCAGCAGUGGUGCCAAGUGGACAAUAAGGUGCCAUGUGUUCUGAGGAAACCCACGAAGACACAGAGCUGCCUGUUCUCUAAAGGCUUUAUAACACCGAACAUGUGUUUAUAAAGGAUUGAAGUCUGCACACGCUUUGCGAACCGUCUACAGGAGGAGAUUCUGCGCAGCAAAAUGGAGAUUUGCCAAGCUGAGACGGAGAGAAGAGGAAGCUGUAAUUAGUUUGUACAGUAUCUAUUGGACUGAAUAUGCCCCUGUUUUUGUUCUUGUGAUUUUGGUUAUUUAUGAGCCUGUUUAGCAGGUGGAAUGUUCCUUUAUUUCUGUCUUUCAAGUCUCGUCCACCCCCCGGGAGGUCAACAAGGACUUGAUAGCCUCUUCAUCAUUUCAGUUACAAACACAAAACCAUCUGUAGAGGAGUUAGAUGUGUUUAUAACCUGAUGGCCACGAUCUCUGCCCCAUCGAUAGUCUCCUUUGAGUUCAUCUGCAUAUCACAUACCUGCCCCGUGCUGCAUGUAUAUCCAGGAUACAUGCCAUAGUUAUUUAGGUGUAUGAUGUGGAGCUUUUUUUGGUUAUUGUGUGGUAGCGUAUUAUGUAACGCAAACAGCAACCAGGGCUGAGGCAGUACAACACUUUAAUAUGCCGACACAUUUUCACCUUUUCUCACUGAGGCUCCGUCCGUGCGGCGCCAGCGAGUGACAAAAGGUGCGGCAUUAACAGUAUCUGGCAUCUGAAGGAAGCAUUGUGAGAGGUUUUAAUUGACUGACUCUGACAUUGAAAACACUAAAGCUCUCCUGAACGUGCCAGAGAUCAAAAACUGUUUAUGAAUAGUGAACAGUUUUUGGUUCUCUGUGUUGGCAGUGUAGAGUCCUGGUUGACUUUUAGCCAAACACUCCUCAUGCACUCUACUCUAUGAUGUUUUUGUGUGAAUAGAUAUUGAUAAUUUUACAUUGUAUAUAAUAUGGACCUAUACAUUUUUCAGUGCCAAACGUCGCAUUAAGUCCUGCAGCAUAGAUGUACUGUAGAGUGUUUUUUUUUUUUUAACCACAGAAUCUGAUUUCCUUGAAUGAGCCCUGGGAGGACGCCUGGUCUGUGAUAAUGUAAAGCAGAUCAGACUCCUCACAGAAAUGCUUUCUGACAUCGUGAUGACUGAUUUCAGGGUGUGCGAUGGUAUCCCACUCACCCCCGGGGUUGCUAUGGAAACACAGCCCUAUCACAGAGCUAUUUUUCCUUUUGAAAUCCUUGAGUUACAUUACGUCAAAAGAGAAGUCAAGCAGCACAGACAUUUGUUUUAAAAAACAAUAGCUGUAUUCAACAAAAUCAUGAUCAUGAGGAGGUUUUGACAUUUAUUCUUACUGACUGAAAA